UGUUGCUCGUAGACCGGACUCUUAUUUGGGGGAGAUCUGCUAUGUCGGGGCUGUAGAUGGUGGGAUUCCCAGGCUCAGUGUCUGUAUCUUUAAGUGGGGCAAGCAUGGGAAGAGAAGAAUAUUCAGGCCUCCAUGGAAUAAGAUCCCCUGCACAAGCAAUGGAAGAGCCACCCUUCUACUGUCCAUCUCCGUGAAAGAUGUCCCCUGAAGCUCAAGGCAACUGUGGAGUUUCUGAAUCCCAUGGUCAUCUCAAGAAGGGCACCCAUACCCACAUCUAGCCCCAUUCUUUUCAGUUGAAUAUGAUUUCUCUGGAACAGGAGCCCGUUAUAAAUAUGUUGAGAGCUAGCUAGAAGGACAAAAUGUGAGUACCUCUCAGUUCCCAAGCUCUGACACCUUCCACACCUACCUAACUCCACCUGAGUAUGCUGCUGGCUGGCCAUGCCUUUCUUAGACUGGUAUCUUCGGUGCUCAUUGGCCACAUGGCUGCUGUUGCACAGCUUUGUCCUAAUGUGUUUCUGCUUCCAGCCUGCCACAACCUUUCCCAAAGGCUGUUACCCCUCUCAGGAGGACGGCUACAAGACUCUACGAUGCAGCAAUGCACAGCUAACAGAGGUACCAAAGGACAUCCCCAAUGACACCCACCGUCUUUACUUAGACUUCAAUCAGAUCACCUACCUCCCUUCUGACGCCUUCCAUAACCUCCCUGUGCUUAUUGAGCUAGACCUUUCUCACAAUUCCUUGGGACGUUUGGAUAUUGCUUCCCUAAGGGGCCUGAGUGAUCACUUACACUCACUGGACCUGUCUUCCAACAAACUGGUUACUGUUAGCAAAGAGGUCUUUGCCAAUCUAAAGGCUCGGACAAACCUAUCUGGCAAUCCUUGGAUGUGUGACUGUGAGCUCCAAGAAAUGAUCCGACUGUUGGAGCUGGAGCCAGGUUCAUCCAGUGGGAUUGUGUGUGCUAACUCUAUACUAGAGGAACAUGCAGGAAAGCCUUUCCUGCAGGUGGUAAAAGAGGUUGAUCUGUGUAAUGUUUACAAGAAAACAACAGACGUGGCUAUGCUUGUCACCAUGUUUGGAUGGUUUGCCAUGGUCAUAUCCUAUCUAGUGUACUAUGUACGUCAGAACCAGGAGGAUGCUAGGCGCCACCUUGAGUAUCUCAAAUCCCUACCAAGCAAGCAGAGGCACUCUGAGGAACCAUCCACCCUUAGCACUGUGGUGUGACUCAGGCACAGGGAAAAGACCAAUAAGGCUCUUUUUGACAAGGGUUUUAAUUGUUAUUUCUCCUAUUUGGUAUUUUAUGGCUUAAUAGAUUAUUCCUAUUACUUAGGCCAUAAGGUCAGCGUACUCCAACCACCCCCCUGACCUUCACUGAAUUAUUCCUGUUUUUUAGGUCAUAAGGUCAACACAUGACCACCCUGCCUACCUUAACUAGGUUAUCAAUCACUGGAAACAUACACUGCUUUUCCCCAUGCUCUAUUUGUUCUCUUCAUUCCAUGGCAGCCUUAAA